AUGGCUCGGCGGCUUUAUUCCCGCGUUUCCCUCCUUCCGUCACUUUUCAAAACCAUACCGGCAACCCAACAGAAUUUGCCUCUCAAUCGCUUCCAGUUCAUUUCCGCUGACGCUGUCAAUUGCCGUGAUAUUCCAUCUGGUUGCCUUUAUUCCCCGUUACAUUUCCAAUUUCAAGCAUCAAGAUUCUAUGCUCGCAAGAGAGCUCCAAGUUAUGAUCUUUUUGGCGGGAAAGUCCCGGAUUCCAAGGAAUUUAGAAAAACAUGGGCUAAGCAAAUGGAGGAAGAAGAGGAUUGCCUGUGGACAGCAAGCGAAAGUGAUGACAAUGACAAUGAGAAUAACAGUGACUACAAUCGUCUCAAGAAAGAUAUAAGGAAGGCAAAGCAACGGGCAAAACAGCAUUCUGAUCGCAUUGAUGCUGACGACAGUGAUGAAUUGUGGAGUGUGUUCUCUGGUGAUGAGGAGAAAACACUUUGGACUGGUAGUGAGGGAGAUGAUGAUUACGAUAUUCCAACAGAUCCUUACCCCAAUGAGAAGAGCGAUCCUUAUAUUGAUAGGUUGUUUGAAUUUGAAGAGAAACCCAAGUAUCGAACACUUGCCGAGGCAAUGAAAGAAGAGCCAGAAUUCGAAGAAUUAUCCCCUGGAAAACAAGCACGGAAGCUUGCAGUCCAGAAUGCAUUGAAAAAACUAAAGAAAGGACCAGAUGGGAGGUAUACUAAUGUUUGGGAGGUGAUGAGUGAUUUGGACAUUCUGAUAGGAGCAUUUGAGAAUAUUGUUUCAGGGCCAGAAUAUGAGGAACUCAGACAGGGUGGACCCAAGAAAUUGAACAUGGAGUUCUUUAAGGAUAUUCAGGCGAAAAUGAGGGACCCAAACUACAAUUGGUCGCCAGAGUUGAAGUUGAAACCAAAAGGCAAGUUUGUACCCAGAAAGAAGUUUCAGAAGGCUGAGUCUAGACGUAGGAAGGCGCGGAAGCGCUAG